CCACGGCAAGCCACCGGACGCUUUCACGCCUACGUGUGUGACCUCGCUACCACUUUCCAUUUUCUCCCCCCUAUAAAUUAUCAAAAGAAACCCUGGAAAUUUUAUUUUAUUCAUUAGAGCCACCCGAAAAGAGGAAAAGAUAAAAAAAAAUCUGUGCUUCCUCUUCUCUUGCAGCUCCACGCCUCUCUCUCUCGCCGGCUCUCGCCACCUCCACCAUCCGGAGGAUUCCGUCCGGGAGAUGGGUCCGAUCGUGCUGACUCAGCUGGCGACGGGCCUGAGCGUCUUGGCCGGGGCGGCGCUGGUCAAGUCGGUCAUGGACCAGAAGCCCAUGGCCGGCCCCUUCCCGCGGUGCCCGAGCUGCAACGGCACCGGCCGGGUCGCCUGCAUGUGCUCGCGGUGGUCGGACGGUGACGUCGGGUGCCGGACCUGCGCCGGGUCGGGCCGGAUGGGGUGCAGCAGCUGCGGGGGGACGGGCACGGGCCGGCCCCUCCCGGUCCAGCUCUCGGUGAGGCGCCCCAACACUCCUCCUCCGUAUUAACCGGUCCGCGGGCGGCGGCUUCUGUGUAACUUUUUAUAUUUCUCUCUCUCUCGCUUUCCUUUUGGGAAUUGAGUUAUGUAUUAUAAAUUGGGAAGAUACUUGGAGGAAGGAGAUGGGAUGUGCUAUUAGGAUGUAAUGGAAUGAGAAUACUGCAAAUUCAGAUUCUUAUAUGACGAUGUUGAUGAUGAUGGUGAUAUAUUCUCAGUAACUAGCUAGGAUCUUGUUAAACAGU